CUCUCGUCCGGUUACAGAACCCCGAAGAAGAAGAAGACCUUUGUGAUUCCCGUAUCGUGCCAAUUUCCAAGCUACCCAAUAUUCCAUCCCCUGGUUGCCAAGUGAAGUGACCAAAUCCCUCAAUCUCCAGCUUUGACGAACCGCAACUCUCAUCGAGACCAAGAACGAGACAUCGACUGGGGCCCACGGCAUAUCCGUCGAUGAAUUGGUCCUUUAGGGACGGUAUAUUUCUCCAUUCCAGUUGUUCACCUCCUUCUACCGUCGGCAUUUGAGGAACGGACUUUGUUUUUCCCUUUUGUUCAUCAACACGAACAAUAUAUAGAUAUAUAGGAUUCAUCACUCAGACCAUCCCCUUCUCCCUUUACCCUCCAUUCACACACUACACACAACAAACAAACGGACCAGCCCACAACCAUGUGCCGCCAUAUCGUCUUCUCAGGCACGUGCCCCCACUGCACCGAGCACUUUGUCUGGGAAGACCUUUCCCAAGAGCUCUCGUGCCUCGAAGCCAAGAACACGGGCGUCUUUGGCCAAUGCGCCUUUGGCGUGCAAAUCGAGGAGCACGAAUUCGACCAAGAAUGCGAGCCCUGCGCCGCCGAGAACGAGCGGGAUGAAGGGUACGGCGGCGCUGCUGAAGGUAUAGAUGAUGAGCUUGUUGUCCCUCCACUAGGACCGGGAGGGGAGCUGAUUAUACCCGAUCCCGCCAUGAAACAUUUACUGGCGGGAAAGAAACAUGCUGAUACUGGCGGACAACAACAAGAACAACAAGAAGAAGUUGGAGGCGGCGGCAGCAGCGGCAAGAGCAAGACAAAGAAGCAGAGAGUUGCAAACUUUGAAAGUUCGUUACAUGGCCCAAUUCGGAUCGAGAAAAAUGUUGGCAGCGUUCCGAACUGGAUGGAUGUCGCCGGCGGAUGUCACAAACCCCUAUCCCAUCAAAUCAGCACACCAUCACAUACAUCAUCCGUCAACGGUCGCGCAUUCGGUACAGUUUGA